AGUCUAUAGUUAGGGGAGGGUGCUGCCACAGGGCAGAGACUUGAUCUACAAAGGCCAUGGCAACGACGACAGAUCCUGUCAUGGCUUUGAUGGGGUGGCAUGGCGAACCCCUGCUGCUACGUCGACUCAAGUUCCACGUGGCUGAAGCGGUGUUGGAGAUUUCUUCCAUCGCCGUGUGCAUGUACCUCUCCACGGAAUCCUUGCAGCCCAAAGGGCUUUUCGUUAGAUUGUUGUGCCUUCCGUUGGCAGUGACGACCUUGAAGCUACUUUGGGCCCUGCAGCUGGUAUGGGGCUACCUGCGCCUGAAGCGCGCAGAUGUGUCCACCGCCCUGCGGCGGAUGGGGUGCUUGCAGACUCGAUCCCACUGGUCUUGCUCCGUAGCCAUGUUCACUUGCUUCAGCUGCUUGCUCAUGGUGUGGCACACCAUUGUGCUGCUUCUCAUGUUUUGUUAUGAGUACAAUGUGCAGCAGGCGUUUGCCGUGCGCUUCCUGAUGGCUUCUUCCGGCCUCUUCAUGGUACUGAACUGGGCCUUCUGGCGUGAUUUCGUGCGAAAUUACAGAGACACCCAGGAUGAUGAGGGGUUAGAUUUUGUGGGCAUCUACAAGCUCCAAAUCUUGUGCAAGAUGUACAAGACGAAGGUCAUUCGCUCGCGGAAGGUUUCGGAGCUGCAGCAGACACAAGAGCUGUGCUGCGCGGUGUGCCUGGAAGACUUCGAGGCUUCCGAAACUGUAGCGCAGCUGCCCUGUGGGCACUGCUUCCAUCCGCCGUGCAUCAACAAGUGGGUGCUAGAGGACUGGCGCUGUCCUUUCCGCUGUGCGCUGGAGAUGCCGAGGAUGAAAGUCCCUCACGCCUGGAUGCCAAAUCAGGAGCACCGGGCUGAUGCGGUCGACUUGGAGGCAGGCCAAGCGGGAGCGGAUACAGCUCAAACAGGCCAACAGCCAGCCGGGCAGGUCUGAAGGCGUCACCUUGCUACGUACAGCGGAGGGCAUGCGCCUUUGAGCUGUGCAAAUUAACAUCUUGCUCCAGUCAUGCUAAUGGGAAGUAUGAAUGUUGUCGCCCUG